AUGGCUCUGUCAUAUGCAGUUAUUUGCACAAAGUCAGUAGAAUAUUUUCCCUCUAUCAUCAUCAUCGUCAUCGACAACUACUACCACAUCAUUCUCCUCGAACCACAUAAUCUGAACAAAUCGUUCCCAAUGUUUCGUAUUCCAGCUCUCCUCCUGGUGAGCAAACAGAUUCAUGAAGAGGCAUCACCCAUAUACUAUGGACAAAACUGUUUCGAUAUAUACAUCAACUACUCACACGAGGGCGUGUCGCCGUUAUAUACUUGGGACCUGUGGUCCAAGUACUGUUCCGUUUUCAGCAGUCACAUCAAGUGGAUCAGGUGUCUGUCGUUAUGGUACCAAGAUGGUCCCAUGGGCGACCCGGGCAACGAUUAUCUCUGCGUCAAUAUUCGCAACGGCCAACUGAGAGACUUUGACCCAGAUGGCUCGUACAAGGACUACAUAGAGCCCGAGCAGCGCAUCGGGAAUGACAAGACUGAUUGGAAUAAUGGCAAAGAAGUCCUGGGAUGUGUAAGGCGGGUGCUUGACCAGCUCAAGCCCGGAUUCGCCAAGAAGAAGAGGCGGCGUGCCUUGGUCCGCAAAGUUGCCCAUGCCUUGUCAGAGUUCGCUAGGCACUGUCAUGGUGGGGAGGAUCUCUGGAUUGAGCUCAUUUGUGAUACCAGCCAAGAAAAUGUUUGUUAA